CAGUCUUGAGUUUGACCAUGGCCUCCACACAGACUCUUCUAAUUACUGGGAUAUUUGCUUUAGCAGCCUUUGAUGGAUGUUUCUCCGCUUCUCCUGCGGAGGAGCAGAACCCAAACUUUUGGUAUGGUAAGGCUAAAGAGGCUCUUGAUGUAUCCCUCUCCAUGAUGCCCAACACGCGGCGCGCCAAAAACCUCAUCCUCUUCCUCGGAGAUGGCAUGGGCAUCAGCACUGUAACCGCAGCCAGGAUCAUGAAGGGACAGAUGGACGGGAAGACCGGAGAGGAGAGUGUCCUAGCCAUGGACACGUUCCCUCAUCUGGCUCUCUCCAAGACCUAUAAUGUGGACCAGCAGAUGCCUGACAGCGCAGCCACAGCCACUGCAUAUCUCUGCGGCGUGAAGGCGAACUACGGCACUCUGGGUCUCAGCGCAGCCGCCCGGCGCAAAGACUGCAGCUCCGCUAAAGGCAACGAGGUCAAGUCCAUUCUUCAUCGGGCCAAGAUGGCAGGGAAGUCUGUGGGCAUCAUAAGCACGGCACGUGUCCAGCACGCUUCACCGGCCGCCAGUUACUCACACACUCCUGAAAGAGGCUGGUACAGCGAUGAAGAGCUGACGACUGAAGCCGUCCAAGGGGGAUGCAAGGACAUAGCGUACCAACUCGUCCAUAAUACUGAUAUAGACGUUAUUUUAGGAGGCGGCAGACAGUACAUGUUUCCCAAGGAAACCUUGGAUCCUGAAUACCCCACAGUUACGGGGAGCCGGAGUGACAAAACAGAUCUCGUUCAAGAGUGGUUAAAAAACAGAAAAAAUUCCAAAUAUGUGUGGAAUAAAAACGAGUUUGAUGCUGUGAACGAGGACAGCACUGAUUACCUGAUGGGGCUUUUUGAACCAAAGGACACCAGGUACGAGCUGGAGCGCGACCCUUCAAUGGACCCGUCGUUGACAGAGAUGGUGGAGAAAGCCAUCAAGAUUCUUCGCAAAAACUCGAAAGGCUUCUACCUCUUUGUUGAAGGUGGGAGAAUAGAUCAUGGCCAUCAUGCGGGCCGGGCCAAGUACGCUCUGACUGAGGCUGUGGAGUUUGACAGGGCCAUUGCGCGGGCGGCCGAGCUGACGAGUGAACUCGACACCCUGUCCGUGGUGACUGCCGACCAUUCCCAUGUGUUUUCCUUCGGUGGAUACUCUUACAGGGGCAAUCCUGUGCUAGGCACUUCCUAUUCAAAAGCUGAGGAUGGUAACAGCUUUACUAAUGCGCUUUACGGAAACGGUCCAGGAUACCAGAUUGCAAAUAAUACUCGUCCUGACAUGAAUAGCACGGUCUCAAGCAGUGAUGCAUAUCUUCAGCAGGCUGCGGUUCCUCUUGACUCAGAAACUCAUGGCUCUGAGGACGUUGCCAUUUUUGCCAAAGGCCCGAUGGCCCACCUCUUCCACGGCGUCCAGGAGCAGAGCUACAUCCCUCACGCCAUGGCUUACGCCGCCUGUAUCGAGCCGUACACCGACUGCCUGCAGGAAAACCAUGGAGUUUGCACUCGCUUCAGCCUCCUGCUUCUGAUGUUGAGCUUGCUGUCCUCACUCACGACCCUGAUAUAACGAGACUAAAGGUGUGUGUGUGUGAGGUGAAAUUCACACAACAAGCUUGAGAAUACAUCAUUUGCACGUUUUUCCAAUCCAACUGCAACAUUAUAGACAACUGGAGGAUAGUGGGAUAACUUCUACACUGUUUGCAAAUAAAGUUUGGUUGUUAAGAUAUCUUUUAAA